CCGCACCUCGGCCAGAGGCGGCUGCUGCAGCUGCUGCCCUCUUCCCCGCCGCCGCUUCUUCAGUCCCGUCAGUGGUUACCCCGCCAGCUGCUGGGAACGGACGAGAGAGAGGAGGAGGGCGAGAAACUCCCACCGACCCACAGAGGGAGCAUGACUUCGGCAACUUCACCCAUCAUUUUGAAAUGGGACCCCAAAAGUUUGGAAAUCCGGACCCUAACAGUGGAGAGGCUUUUGGAACCACUUGUUACACAGGUGACAACACUUGUCAACACAAGCAACAAAGGCCCAUCCGGUAAAAAGAAAGGAAGGUCAAAGAAAGCCCAUGUACUGGCCGCAUCUGUAGAGCAAGCCACUCAGAACUUUCUGGAAAAAGGUGAACAGAUUGCUAAGGAGAGUCAAGAUCUCAAAGAAGAACUGGUUGCUGCUGUUGAGGAUGUACGCAAACAAGGUGAGACCAUGCGCAUCGCUUCUUCGGAGUUUGCGGAUGACCCUUGCUCGUCGGUGAAGCGCGGCACCAUGGUGCGGGCGGCACGGGCCCUGCUGUCCGCUGUGACCCGCUUGCUCAUCCUGGCGGACAUGGCGGACGUCAUGAGGCUUUUGUCUCAUCUGAAAAUUGUGGAGGAGGCCUUGGAAGCUGUCAAAAAUGCUACAAAUGAGCAAGACCUUGCAAAUCGCUUUAAAGAAUUUGGAAAAGAGAUGGUGAAACUUAACUAUGUAGCUGCAAGAAGACAACAGGAGCUGAAGGACCCUCACUGUCGAGAUGAGAUGGCCGCCGCUCGAGGAGCUCUGAAGAAGAACGCCACAAUGCUGUACACGGCCUCCCAAGCUUUUCUCCGCCACCCAGACGUGGCUGCUACCAGAGCCAACCGAGAUUACGUGUUCAAACAAGUCCAGGAGGCCAUUGCCGGCAUCUCCAAUGCUGCUCAAGCUACCUCUCCCACCGACGAAGCCAAAGGCCACACGGGCAUCGGGGAGCUGGCCGCGGCUCUGAACGAGUUUGAUAACAAGAUCAUCCUGGACCCCAUGACGUUCAGCGAGGCCCGGUUCCGCCCGUCCCUGGAGGAGCGCCUGGAGAGUAUCAUUAGCGGCGCCGCGCUCAUGGCCGACUCUUCGUGCACCCGCGACGACCGGCGCGAGCGGAUCGUGGCCGAGUGCAACGCCGUGCGCCAAGCGCUGCAGGACCUGCUCAGCGAGUACAUGAACAACACUGGAAGAAAAGAAAAAGGAGAUCCUCUAAACAUUGCAAUUGAUAAGAUGACCAAGAAAACAAGAGAUCUAAGGAGACAGCUUCGGAAAGCAGUGAUGGAUCACAUAUCAGAUUCUUUCUUGGAAACCAACGUUCCUUUGCUAGUUCUCAUUGAGGCUGCGAAAAGUGGGAAUGAGAAGGAAGUGAAGGAAUAUGCCCAGGUUUUCCGUGAGCAUGCCAACAAGCUGGUGGAGGUUGCCAAUUUGGCCUGUUCCAUCUCCAACAAUGAGGAAGGGGUGAAAUUAGUUCGGAUGGCAGCCACUCAGAUUGACAGCCUGUGUCCUCAGGUCAUCAACGCAGCUCUCACAUUGGCUGCCCGGCCGCAGAGCAAAGUUGCUCAGGACAACAUGGACGUCUUCAAAGACCAAUGGGAAAAGCAAGUUCGAGUGCUGACAGAGGCUGUGGAUGACAUCACCUCAGUGGAUGACUUCCUUUCCGUCUCAGAAAAUCAUAUCUUGGAGGAUGUGAACAAAUGUGUGAUCGCCCUUCAAGAAGGGGAUGUGGACACUCUGGACCGGACCGCAGGGGCCAUCAGGGGCCGGGCUGCUCGAGUUAUACACAUCAUCAAUGCUGAGAUGGAGAACUAUGAAGCUGGUGUUUAUACUGAGAAGGUGCUGGAAGCUACAAAACUGCUAUCUGAGACAGUGAUGCCACGCUUUGCUGAACAAGUGGAGGUUGCCAUUGAAGCCCUGAGUGCCAACGUCCCUCAGCCAUUUGAGGAGAACGAGUUCAUCGACGCCUCUCGCCUGGUAUACGACGGCGUUCGGGACAUCAGAAAGGCUGUGCUGAUGAUUAGGACCCCAGAAGAAUUAGAGGAUGAUUCAGACUUUGAGCAGGAAGAUUACGAUGUGCGUAGCCGGACAAGUGUUCAGACCGAGGAUGACCAGCUCAUUGCAGGACAGAGUGCACGGGCCAUCAUGGCACAACUACCACAAGAGGAGAAGGCAAAAAUAGCUGAACAGGUGGAGAUAUUCCACCAAGAGAAAAGCAAGCUGGAUGCGGAAGUGGCCAAAUGGGAUGACAGCGGCAAUGAUAUCAUUGUGCUGGCCAAACAGAUGUGUAUGAUCAUGAUGGAGAUGACAGACUUCACAAGAGGCAAAGGCCCGUUGAAAAAUACAUCUGAUGUCAUUAAUGCCGCCAAGAAAAUUGCCGAAGCAGGUUCUCGAAUGGACAAAUUAGCCCGUGCUGUGGCUGAUCAGUGUCCUGAUUCAGCAUGUAAGCAGGAUUUAUUAGCCUACCUUCAACGUAUUGCCUUGUACUGCCAUCAGCUUAACAUCUGCAGCAAGGUGAAAGCCGAAGUACAGAAUCUGGGAGGAGAGCUCAUUGUGUCAGGGACAGGAGUUCAGAGCACUUUCACUACCUUUUAUGAGGUAGAUUGUGAUGUCAUAGAUGGGGGCAGGGCUAGUCAACUUUCUACCCACCUCCCAACCUGUGCUGAGGGAGCUCCGAUCGGGAGUGGAAGCAGUGAUUCUUCUAUGCUGGACAGUGCCACGUCACUCAUCCAGGCAGCUAAAAACCUGAUGAAUGCUGUUGUCCUCACGGUGAAAGCAUCUUAUGUGGCCUCAACGAAAUACCAGAAGGUCUAUGGGACAGCAGCUGUCAACUCACCUGUUGUGUCCUGGAAGAUGAAGGCACCAGAGAAGAAGCCCCUUGUUAAGAGAGAAAAGCCUGAAGAAUUCCAGACAAGAGUGAGACGAGGUUCUCAGAAGAAACACAUUUCGCCUGUACAGGCUUUAAGUGAAUUCAAAGCAAUGGAUUCCUUCUAGGACGAUAGGCUUUAACAAGAAAGCUUUUUCUUUCUUUCUUUCUUUUUUUUUUCCUUUUUAAUUCCAUUUUUGUAUGCAUACCUGCUGACUCGUAUGCCUCUGGCAUGGGGAAAAUAAGGAACAGUGUCUGUUUGCAUGUAAGAUGAGAUGUGAUCAAUACCACUGAUCCGUCUCUAGCCUGAGGAGGGGACGGGAAAUUCCUGUCCCGAGGUGGCACAGAGCUGUCCUUUGCAACAUUCUCAUAAAAUUGGGCAGAGUUCACAUUGCAGUGUUUAUGGGAGUGGGAGGGAUGGGGAAAAUAAAAUUAACUCUACAAAAGCAAACUCUAAUGCAUGCAAGAAUCAUUAGGUUGGCAGGUAUAUUAAUAAGUGACAAACUGGAAGUGUAAUGGUAGAACAUAAAGCUUGUAUUGCUUCUGUUUAAGUGCAAAAAUGUACUAGCCAAUACGCUUAAGUGUGUGGCCCACAAAUCGAACAAUUUAACUUUGACAUCAUGUCCAUAAUAUUAUGUGGAGUUUUUACUAAGGAGAAACUAAGUCAUCCAGCCUAAAAUGUUUCUUUUAAUCUGUAUUCUGUUCUUUCUCUUCUAGUCGUGCCAUUACUAGUGCUCUUGUUAUCAAUUUCCCCCUUUACUGAAAACAAUAAACCUUUGUUUAAAAGAAUUAUAAUCCUUCUGGGGGCACUGGAAGCACAAUGUGGUGAUCAUCUUGCUCUUACUUUAAAAAAAAAAAAACAAAAAACUGAACUAUGACUUUGCUAGAAAUAGGAGGCCCAGUGAUGGAAUGUUAGAGGAAUGGAAACUGACAACGUGUGAAGGUUUAGAGGCAAAUACAUAGGUGUAGCUUGGAGUGCUGGUAUCUAAUAUACCAUUGUAUCCACUAACUCGAA